AUGUGUGUCCGGAUCGUCUGCAGUUCUCUCUGGAGCGCUAUUUGUCUCCUCUUCUCGUGCCUCUGGCCAUUCAGACCAAGGGUACCGGACCUGAGCGCCGACAUUUGCCUGGUGACGGGCGCGGCGCAGGGACUGGGCAGGCACCUUGCCCUCCAACUGGCUACCGAGUGGGGAGCCACGCUCGUUCUCUGGGACAUCGACGAAGAGAAGGUUCGCGCCGUGGAGAGGGAGAUCAGGGACGCCGGUGGGACCGCUCACGCUUAUGUGGUGGACUGCUCCGAGCGAGAGGCGGUGUACCGCGCCGCGGAGUGCGUCCGGGACGAGGUCGGAGACGUUGCGGUUCUAAUCAACAACGCUGGAGUCGGAGGGUUCCGCGGGAGUUUCAUAGACGGAGAGCUUACGGACGAGACGAUCGUCAAGAUGUUCUCUGUCAAUGCUCUGGCCCACUUCUGGACGUUGCGCGCCUUCCUGCCGUGGAUGAUGGAUAACGAUUACGGAUACGUCGUCAACGUAGCCUCCUUCGCAGCAUACGUACCAGGACCGCACGUCGCUGCGUACGCCGCCGCGAAGGCUUCGGUGCGCAGCUUCUCCGAUUCGCUCCGUUGCGAACUGUCGCUCGCGGGAAAACGAGGCAUCAGCGUCACGUGCGUCUACCCAUCCUUCAUCAACACGGGGAUAAUGUCAACGCUGAACUAG